AAUCCUCUGGAGUUCUAAAAUAACUCUACAAGGUAGAGUUUGAGCAUAUCAACCAUUGAUUGAAAAAUCAAUGGUUCAUACAAAAUUCCUCCUAUUUUUUCUCAUCAAUAUGAGCCCUUGAUUUUAAAAUGUAUGGUUUAGAUACAACUCUACCUUGUAGAAUUUUAUUAAAACUCUAGAGGAUCCGGACUCCCACAUUCCUAUUUCACAGAUUCAAAUUCAAAAAAAAGGAGGAGGAGGAAAUAAGAGAGAGAAAUGGCGGGAGCUCUUAAGCAGUUGUCAAUGGCGACGAGUGAAGUUCAGAAUCCAUGGCAUUGGAAGGUUCAAUACGCUCGAUGCUUCACUUAUCCUUCAUCUUACCUCGCGAAAACCACCGUCGUCACCACCGCUACUUCACCUUCGUCUUGUCUCACUCCUCUCAAGCUAUGUCACUUCAAGCCGAUUUGGAUUACGUCUUCUGGAAUGUCCACCGUCGCUCUCCACCCAGCCACCGACGGCUCCUCCUCCGAUGGUUCCGUCCUCACUGUCUCCCUUCAAGGAACUAUCAUCGAAGAGCACUUCAUCUCCAAUCUGCAGUUUGUCUGGCCUCAAAUUUCAUGUCUCUCUGGAGAUCCUACUCGAGGCAGCUUAAUUGUCUUAGUGAGCUACAUUGAUAGUUCAGAUGAGAAGCAAAAGUUUGCCAUGAAAUUUUCAGGAGUCUCAGCAGUACAAGAUUUUAUAAUAGCAUUGGAGGAUGCCCUUUCAAAUAAAAUCCCUGGUGAACCUUCAGCUGUUGAUGUCAUAUCUGCAACAUCUUCCCAGUCCGAGAUAGCUCAUCCAUAUAGGCCUGACACAUCUAGCAUCAUGACCCCUUAUGAUUCUACCUCGCCAAAAAACGUGUACAAUGAAGAUGAGGAGGAUCCACUGCCCCUAGAUACAGUUGUUGAUUCUCAAAGCAAUGUUGACACAUUUCCUCCCCGCUUCACCUCACUUGUUUCCAGUUGCUCUGCUGAGCAGGAAAAAGGAAAUUCAGCACUUGCUCUUAUACCUGGAUCGCAGGAUCUUGAUCUGAAAGCUCAGAUUUCGCAAUAUAUGCAAGAUGCAACUUUCCUCGAUAUGGUGAGCAAAGUGAAUGAGGUCAUCACUGAACUUGGAGACGACUUCACGAUAUAGACGCCCUAGGAGUAUAAUUUUGUGCUCAAGUCACCUCAUGUAUAGUGCUGCUCCUUACACUUGCAGCUCUAGAACUCUCUACUCACACGUAAAAGAUGGUCUUGCUUACAUGUAUAGCCUUAUUCAUAUGAUGUUGCUUCUCGACUUCUCGUCGUGGUACAUGGAUUGGUUAGCAGUAUAGUAAUUUGUUAGUCUAUCUAAACAUUAAUGUAAAGUCGUUAACAUAUUGCCUGCAAAUGAAACCUUACAGUUGCUUGGGGAAAGUAGUUUAUAUGUAUAAGUUCAAUGCUUACUUUAUAUGAAACCGUUGUCAUAUUACUUGAA